CCUCGGACUAGUAUACGUCUUAUACUAAAAUUAAAAAGAUUUAUUUUAAUUUCUGAAGUCUUAAAGUUGUUUUAAAAUGGCCAAUGUUCCUGUGAUCACGUUUAAUAAUGGCCAGAGCUGUCCUAUGUUGGGCCUUGGUACUUGGAAGUCAAAACCAGGUGAAGUCACUCAGGCGGUGAAGGAUGCCAUCGACAUUGGGUACCGUCACAUAGACUGCGCGCACAUCUACCUCAACGAGCCAGAAGUGGGGCAGGCGCUGGCUGAGAAGUUCCAGCAGGGUGUCGUCAAGAGGGAAGACAUCUUCAUCACCUCGAAGCUGUGGUGCACGUUCCACCGGCCCGACCUGGUGGAGCCUGCUGUCAAGACCUCAUUGAAGAACCUCGGGCUGGACUAUCUGGACCUCUACCUUAUCCAUUGGCCGCAGGCUUAUAAGGAAGAUGGCGACCUCUUCCCCAAAGAUGCUGAAGACAAGGCGAUACCCUCCCCAGUGGACAUCGUAGACACGUGGAAGGCCAUGGAAGAGCUGGUUGACAAGGGUCUGGUGAAGAGCAUCGGCGUCUCCAACUUCAACAGGAAGCAGCUGGAGAGGAUCCUGCAGAAUGCCCGGAUCAAACCCGCCGUACAACAGAUCGAAGUCCACCCUUACUUAAACCAGCACAAGAUGUUUGAAUACUGCAAAGCUGAAGGCAUCGUGGUGACAGCAUACUCGCCUCUAGGGUCCCCGGACAGACCCUGGGCUAAGCCAGGAGACCCCAACCUGAUGGAGGACUUACGGCUGAAGGGCGUCGCCAACCGACACGGGAAGACCGUGCCGCAAGUGCUCAUCAGAUACGCUAUCGACCGCGGGAUGAUAGUGAUCCCGAAGUCCGUCAACAAGGACCGUAUAGCGCAGAACUUCGAUGUGCUGGACUUCCAGCUCUCUCCUGAGGACCUGCAGAGCAUCGCCGAGCUGGAGUGCAACGGACGCUUGUGCAGCAUGGGAGACACUCACCAUCCUGAAUAUCCAUUCCACGAAGAGUAUUAAAGAAAAAACAAGAAAGAUUCCUACGAAGUGAAAAAUGCACAUUGUGUUAAAAAAACAUUUUGUUUGUGGUUUGUUUUGUUGUUGAUUUGUAUUGUAUGUAGGUAUGCAAGUGUGGCUGUAGAAUAAAUAAAUAAUUAAUCUAUCUAUCUAAAAAUAUUGUACCAAAAAGUAUUUAAUAAUAAUAAAUUUUA